AUUUUACUGUGAACACUUGCUGGUGGAUUCAAAUAUGGAAGACUGCAUAGUGUACUGAAUGAGAAUAUCCUGGUCCGAGUGUGUGGUGGUUGCUGAUACUUUGGUUAAUGCUUUGCUGAGCUAAAGUAACUUUGUGGAAUACUGUAGUAUGAAAAAUCUACCUUUAAGAAAAAUUAAGUAAGUUUGACAUGUGGGGUUGGCUCUGAACUUUUCUCUUUACUCAGGUCAGACUGACAUGGAAUACAAUGCAAAACUGGCACGAUUUCGAGAAGGCCAUCUCAACCCCUUCAACAAUGAUCCAACUGAGAGUGUGGAGGUGGAAGAUACCAAAGAAGAGGAUGAUUGGACAGUAAAAGGAUUGCACACAGACACCUUCUUCAGGGAGGUCGAUUCCCACACAGACAGAGUGAUGGACCUGGGUAUGGCUGAGGACCACUUCUCAAAGCCAGUGGGAUCUUUUGGUGUCUUGGACAUCGAAAAUUUGAAGCGUGCGAUCGAGGAGGUGAAGCAGGUUAUAUUAGAUUUGCCAGAGCAAUCCGAGAAGCAGAAAGAUGCCGUUGUUAAACUUAUACAUCUUCGCCUUAAACUACAGGAACUGAAGGACCCUGAUGAAGAUGAGCCAAAUAUUCAAAUCUUACUUGAACAUCGAUUCUACAAGGAAAAAAGCAAGAGUGUCAAACAGUUCUGUGACAAGUGUAGCACCAUCAUUUGGGGCUUACUUCAAACCUGGUAUACCUGCACAGGCUGUUACUACCGCUGCCACAGCAAAUGUUUGAACCAAAUUGCCAAACCUUGUGUGAGAUCUAAGGUUAGCCACCAAUCUGAGUUUGAACUUAACAUUUGUCCAGAAGUGGGACUGGACAGACAGGAUUACAGAUGUGCAGAAUGUCGGCAACCAAUUUCCCUCCGCGCUGUGCCCAGUGAAGCUCGGAAGUGUGACUACACAGGACAAUAUUACUGCAGUAACUGCCACUGGAAUGAUGUGGCAGUCAUACCUGCACGUGUCAUCCACAACUGGGACUUUGAAGCAUGUAAAGUGUGUCGUUACAGUAUGAGGUACCUGACACUAAUGAUGUCUCGGCCAGUACUAAAACUUAAAGAAAUUAAUCCGUUUCUCUUCAACUAUGUGGAAGAGCUGGUCGAAAUUCGGAAGCUUCGACAAGAUAUUUUGUUAAUGAAACCAUAUUUCAUCACAUGCAAAGAGGCCAUGGAAGCCAGACUGCUGCUUCAGUUGCAGGAUCGACAGCACUUUGUGGAGAAUGACGAAAUGUACUCCUUACAGGACUUGAUUGACAUUGCCACGGGCCGACUGAGUUGUGCUUUAACUGAGAUCCACACCACCUUUGCAAAGCACAUCAAACUGGACUGUGAGAGAUGUCAAGCUAAAGGUUUUGUCUGUGAGCUGUGCAAAGAGGGAGAUGUGCUCUUUCCGUUUGACAGCCACACUUCAGUGUGUCAAGAUUGUUCAGCUGUAUUCCACAGGUUGGUGCAAACAACUGAAGGGACUGUUACUACGAUAAUUCCACCACAUGUCCCAGGUGUCCACGACUAUCGAUGCGAAAACAAUCCCAAUCAGCACCUGCCAACCCAGACUAAAACGGGACAAGAGAGGAACGUCAAAGCGAAAUACUAUGAACUUUGUGGCAGCACUUAUGCUCUCGACUUCUGCCAAUUGAACUGAACCAAUGCGUUUGACAAAAUGACAUGGAAAGAAUGAAGUUAACAAACCCCCCAACCACAUAACACACACCCCUGCCACCCCCCCAAAACUACCACCGAAACAACCCAAUGUAUUAUUGAGACCUGGACGCAAGUGAAAAUGAAAACUUAAACUCAUGAACAUUCUUACGUGAGAGUAUGAACCUAACUAGUGAAAGGCUAAGAAAGCAAGCGUUAUCCCAGGUGUACCCACGACAGCUGCAGAAACUGAAAUAAGUGCAAAUCUAAUGCACCUCUCUGGCUCUUUCCACCAGUGUGGUUAACAUUGUAAAGUGUACUUUCUCUUGUCUUAUGUAGAUAAUGUUUCUUCUGAGCGCUUUUCUAUUUAAAAUGACUUUCAGUUUUAUUGCCAUCAAAUUCUACAUUUCUCUGAAUGCAAGACACGUCUGCAGAACGCCUGUGUGUUUUAAAAUGGACUGUGAGAUCUGUGGGAUCUGUGAAGUUUUAGCAAAACUGAUAUAAUUUAUAGUAUGAGGAUUGUAAAUCUCAGUACAAGGGAACCAAAAAUUAGUAUAAUGGCCAAGAAUGAAUGUUUAAAAUUCAGCUUCAGAUCAGCCAAAAUUGCUCCCAAAGUGAUUUAUCAUUUUGCAUGUUUUCAUUCAGUAAAUCAUUCAGAUACAGUACUUGGGGGAAAAACACAACCAGCCAAAGGUGACUGAGCUUAUUGCCAUUUUUAAAAAAUGUCCCUUUGCCCAGCUCAACUAUUCCCAUUAUCCAGUAUCACAAAAUAAAUCAGUUAUUUCCAUAAAAUAAUUGGUGAAAUAGCUACCAGUCAUUGGUUCACCAAUGACUACUGGUAUUUAAAAGUUUGACAAUCUGACAAUACAGGGAAUAAGUUCGUAGCAUUAUGAAACCUACUAGGUCUGGACGCUUGCUGUUCAUUUCAUUCCAAAAAAUGCCGACCUGUUUAAGCCUGAAGGAUUCAGUCUUGCUUCUAUUCCUUUUACUAUUUGCCUGAAUGUUGUCUGAAUUAUGUUUGAAUAUCAUCACACUGGGGUGGGGAAAUGAUUAAAUGAUAGAAUUAUUGGACUUUAUACAACAAAACUCAAAAGCAGUAUUUGAUCCUGUAUUGUUUACAAGCCACAAAACAAAAGCUGUAACGGUUAAAAUGCUCUGCAGUCCAUUCUGAUCAUAAUCGGAUCAGAUGCUCAUUGUUUUUUUUCUAUCUGAACUGUCUUUGGCGUUAAAUUUUAAGUCACACUUCUUGAAAUGGUUUAUAUACUUACAUUUCCAUUCCAUUUAUUUUAAGAAAAUCUUGUAUUUCACCAUUCUGGGCACUUUCUUUUUUCUAAUCAUUCCAUUAUAAUAUUGAUUAAUGGGCAGCUGAGUUGAUCAUUUGGCUCACUGGCCUCCCACUGCCGGUCUAUUGAGAUGCAUGACAGUGUACUUCUUACUAACCACAAGACUUUUUUAAGAACGAAGGUGAAUUUUGAUAUCAAAACGCACCUAAUGGAAUUUGAAAUGUUUUGAAAAUGGUUCUCAAUAUUUUUUUGAUUGCUGUGUGCUUCAAAUUGGAUGGUUGCGAAAAAAUAUCAAUUUGUUUAGUUCUGAUCAAAAGCAGCAAAUGCUAAUUAAUUAGAAAUUUGUCCAAAUAAUUGGUGAUUUUAAAAAAAUCAUUUAUUACAAGAAAAUUAUUUUUCAUCCAACGUCUUUCAGGGAAGAUUGCCGAAAAGCAAUGGCAUUUAAAUCUCAUUGCAGAACUGGUUCUGGUUUAGCAAUCCAUAAAGGUCUUGGUACAAAACAAAAUAUGGUUUAUUUCUGACAGUUUCAAUGUAUAAAAGUUCAUAAAACCAAAGAAGGUGAUGUAUAUUACUGAGAUCAACUUCAGCAUUUUCUCUUGGUAUUCAUACCUUCUUGGUAGGAAGAUAUAUAUAUAAUGUAAUAUAUAUGGUGCUUAAAUGACACUAAUGAUCUAGUUUUCUUUUGUAAUAUGCAAUUUAAAUAUUAUUUAAUAAAUUUAUUAUAAUUUGA